CGGGUCUCAACGACUCCACGACGGGGCAAAUCACCAACCAAAUCCACUCGGAAUUCUCUCCUCGCCGGCGGCGAGAUGAUGAUGCUGAUCGACUGCUCGGGCUGCCGCACGCCGCUGCAGCUGCCGCACGGGGCGCCCUGCAUCCGCUGCGCCAUCUGCGGCGCCGUCACCCACGUCGCCGCCGCGCCGCCGGCGCACGGGGACCCCGCCCGCGCCGCGGUGGCCCCGCAGCAGCAUCCGGGGUGGGGGCCGCCUCCCCCGCCGGCGCACGGGCGGAAGCGCGCCGUGAUCUGCGGGAUCUCCUACAAGUACUCGCGCCACGAGCUCAAGGGGUGCAUCAACGACGCCAAGUGCAUGCGCCACCUCCUCACCACGCGCUUCCACUUCCCCGAUGAUUCCAUCAUCAUGCUCACCGAAGAACAAUCCGACCCUUACAAGAUCCCGACAAAGCACAACAUAAGGAUGGCCAUGUAUUGGCUUGUACAAGGUUGCCAACCUGGAGACUCGUUGGUUUUCCAUUAUUCUGGUCACGGAGCACAACAAAGAAACUAUAGUGGAGACGAAAUUGAUGGAAUGGAUGAAACCCUCUGCCCGUUGGAUUUUGAGACACAGGGAAUGAUUGUGGAUGACGAGAUAAAUACUGCUCUUGUCAGACCACUUACUCCUGGAGUUAAACUUCAUGCACUUAUAGAUGCUUGUCACAGUGGGACUGCACUUGAUUUGCCUUUCCUCUGCAGAAUGAACAGGAGUGGGCAAUAUAUAUGGGAAGAUCACCGACCGCGAUCUGGUGUCUGGAAGGGCACUAGUGGCGGUGAGUGUAUUUCAUUUAGCGGUUGUGAUGAUAAUCAGACUUCUGCAGAUACUUCAGCUUUGUCAAAGAUCACUUCAACUGGCGCUAUGACAUUUUGCUUUAUCCAAGCUAUUGAGCGUGGACAGGGCACCACCUAUGGGAGUAUCCUGACCUCCAUGCGUUCGACAAUACGCAGUACAGGUGGUGGUGAUGCAUUGGGAGGUGGUGCUGUGACAUCGCUAAUCACAAUGCUUCUUACAGGAGGAAGCGUUGGUAGUGGCGGGUUGAAGCAGGAUCCACAGCUAACUGCAAACGAGCAAUUCGAUGUGUAUGCGAAGCCCUUCUCUCUAUAACACCAUCCUGGUAUUCUCCACCGCGUUCCAUGAUUAUAUAUAUAUAUAUAUAUAUAUAUAUAUAUAUAUAUAUAGCCCCCGUAUAAAUUAUCAUGGUGUACAUUUUUCACUGUUGAAAAGGGCUCCAUUUCAUAAAUAGAGCUAUCAUGUAUGCCUGGUUUGUUGAUGCUCACGUUUACAUUGUUCGUGCCCUUUGGACUCUCUGAUUUGUUCCUUGAUCCAGACCGCAUUAUGCUCAGUGAAUUGUUCACGGGUUAAA